AUGUUCGAGGAUGUCGAUAGAUACGGAUUUCGUAUUCCUGUAGGCGCACAACCAGGAGAUAUCGAUUUUGGUGGUGGAGAUGUGCCAGAUCGGACGGAAGCAGAUCUUAACCGAGCAAUUGAAAGAUUCAAAAUAAACGAGCAAACUCCGGAUAAAAGUUUAGUAUUUGAAUCCGCAAAGUUUCAAUAUAGAAGAAAACGUUUGAAACCUCCGUACAAAUUUGUAAUAUGCCUGUCAGUUGGUCAUAAUGACGAGUUAUUAGAAUAUUCAAAACCAUUACGUUUCGCUCAAAAAUAUCUUAUCUCGAGGAUUUUCGAAAAGAGAGAAGCCAGCAACCACCCGGUUGAAAUCCAGUAUCUACAUUUGUGUGCCCGGAAGUGUAUCCGAUUUCCAGUGGGUCUGAAACUCAAAGCAAAGAAUUUGACUGUUAGCAAAUGCUUAAACAAUCUUGAUGAACAAAUUCGCCCGGUUCUGACAGACUGUAGUUUUCCACUUGUCUCUAUUGGAACCUUUGGGAGAAUCGAAGAUCGUCAUCAUCCAAUGAUUGAUUCCGCUUUGGAAGUUAAAAUGAAUCCGACGGAAAUGAAUCAGGAGACAGUUGCUACUUUUACACACAAUCGAAUGCAUUUUAACGGAAAUCUCAAUCAAUUGAAAGAUAAUAUUUUAAUGAUUGUUGAGAACUGGCAGCGGACAAAUAGAAUUGUCGGAACCCACUUUUCUUUUGUCACGUAUAAAGCGGAGGAUGUGAUGGGAUCUUUGAGACUAUCUAGGAGAACUGUUGAGUUGCCGGAGUUGAAGUAA